AUGCAAUAUCACAGAGGGAGGGUGUCAAGCCGACAGUCAAAAUCAACUCCCCGCAUUAAGGAUGUGCCUUGUGCGAACUGCUCAUUAGGAGAGACAUGGACACAGAGGAACAAUGGUGUAUUUAUUGGCAUUGUUGGCGAUAGAAAGCUAUAUGUUCUCUUGCUUCAAGUAUGGAAUCGAAAGUCGUGUCAAAGAGGGCAUGGGCGUUGCCAGUUUGCAUGGUCAAGGAAUGUUUUGACUCCCAGACAAGACCAGACAGCCAGGAUUUUUGCCUUGGGACAUCAAGGACAGAACACUGCCAGUGAAUCCAUUCCAAUCCAGAAUGUCAACAUUGACAAACCUGAGGCCCUCUGGUUCAGCAAAGCAAGCACAGAGUUUACAGGGACAGCAGCAACAGAUACCAUGUUGAGCUGA